AAUUAUCUGAAAGAAGUCCAUAAAAGACAACUGCCGGUCUCACUGGGUUGGCGCGCGCAGCCGCGCAUGAAUCCAUCCGAGAGGCCUUUAGGAGCCGUUACAGUUUGCACCAUCUAUAUAAGGCAGCACCAUCAGAUCCUGGUCUAUCAAGUACCACAAGCUCAUCUGCCAAUUCACAAACCUAGAAAACCACUCCAAAGCAAACAAGCACCAGCUAAGAAGGUGCUCAAAUGGCGUCCCAGCUGGUUGAGAGCCACCGUGCCGGCGCCGAGGUCCACAAGGGGAACGAUAUCUGCAAGAAGAAGACCGUCGAGCUUCUCGAAGUGCUUGGCCUCCCGAAAGGCCUCUUUCCUAUGGAUGACAUCGAGGAGGUCGGGCACAACUGUGAGAGUGGGUUUGUGUGGAUACUUCAGAAGAAGAAGAAAGAGCACAUGUUCAACAAGCUCAACCAGACCGUCUCCUACGACACUGAGGUGACCGCUUUUGUGGAAAAGGGCAAGAUGAAGAAGGUCACCGGGGUCAAGGUCGAGGAGUUUUCUUUGGUCGAGGUCUAUGUGGAUGAGUCGUCUCCUGAUAAGGUCACCAUCAAGACCGAUACCGGUCUGUCUGACACCCAUGAUGCGGCCGUGUUCGCUCUCGGAGAAUAGGGAGCUACUAGUUAAAAAGGCCAGAAGAAUAAAGUUAGUGAAUGGUUCGGCGCAGCAGUUCACAUGUUAUGCAGAAGUAUAUGCUUUCGUUUUCUUGUUGAUCUAAUAAAGGUUGUUGCAUGAA